AUGACGACGUCCCACGGUCUCCAGAAGGGAAUGAAGUCGCAGCUGAAAGGUGUUUCACAGAACUCGUUUGAGGAACAGCUUGCCAAGCUGAUGGCGAAGAAAGAUGAAAAACGUCCCCCACUUACUGUUAAUGAGGGUAUCGAAGAUCUGAUCCCAAAUGGCGAGGCGAUAGAGGGGCCCAUGAAUAAAGUUAAACUUUGGAAGGGAGAUGCAGACAAUGAUUGGAAGGUGUAUGAUUUGAUAUCUAUGCGAUCUACUGCGGAGCUUGCCCGCAAGCAAAUGCAGGAAGACAAGACCAAAGCAGUGGAAACUACUGCGUACCGCUUCCUGUACAUCAUUUCGGAUGAGCUGAGGGAGGCUUGCUCGGGUUGUGACUGA